UCUUCCAAUCAUAACUAGCUAGGUCACUCCGAACACAAUUGUUUUUACGUCUAUGCCUGUUUUCUUUAUCUUUGCAAGCCAGUCGGCAAACAGACGUUGAUGCCUGGACACACUACAAUAACUGUCCGAGAAUCAGGUAAGAUCAGUCCUUUGAAUGUUCGACCGGCGUUACCUUAUUUAGGCGUUUGAAUCAGCCACAACCUUGAGGAGGCAGCCGGCUAACAAGCAAGGAAACAAUGAGUCUGAAUUUGGGGUCGGCUGAUGGUGUCCUCACGCUGGUGUCCAUUGGAUGGAACACUGAUGGAAACUUCAGCGCUGUGUGCCCAAAUGGGUCAAUAUGGGUUUGGGAAGGGCUGCGGGAAUGUGCCCAGGACCCCAGGGACAUGGCCAGUGUAAUCCUGGGUCUGCUGUCAAUAAUGUGCUUCAUGGUCUCUUCUCUGCCGCAGUACUACAACUCUUGUAAGAGUGGGAAUAUGGACAGUGCCUUGUCCAUUUGGUUUCUGCUGCUGUGGCUGGGGGGUGACUCCUGCAAUCUUGUAGGCUCAUUCUUAGCUGACCAACUGCCGCUACAGACAUACACAGCAGUGUAUUAUGUCCUGGCUGAUUUAUUGAUGCUGGGAAUGUACUUUUACUACGUGGCUAAGAACAGGAUGAAUAACAGCAGGUUGGUCUUAAAUGUGGUGGGUGUGGUCUAUGUCCUGGGCUUCUCUGCCGGCCUCGUGGCCUUACCUGCGUCCCAACAGGAUGUGGUCCUCUCUGGGUUUAAAGGGCGGGCCUUGCUGUCAACCACUGUGGACAAUAUUAAGGCUUUCCGCACCAAGGAGAUCAUUGGGUAUAUCAUUGGCUCCAUAUCCUCAGUGCUCUACCUCUGCUCCAGACUUCCACAGAUGCACAUUAAUUAUACAAGAAAGUCGACGGAGGGUGUGUCCUACUUUCUGUUUGCCCUGGUCAUCCUGGGUAACACCAUGUACGGCCUGAGUGUGCUGCUGAAGAACCCUGAGCAGGGCCAGGGAGAGGGAAGCUACAUCAUCCACCACCUGCCCUGGCUCGUCGGCAGCCUGGGCACCCUCUCUCUAGACCUGCUGAUCUCCAUACAGUUCUUGAUAUACCGCAAUAAUGCCCCUCUAGAGUUGGAAUCGCAGCACGGUGAGAGAGCUGCUCUGCUGGACAAAUGAAACUACUCCCUGGGUGCUGGAUCUAGCAGUACAGACACUUAUCCCCACCAAAUGGACUCUCAAUUCACAUUCCUUAACAUUUUUGGCAAACACAGGAUAUCCCUUUCUUUUAGAUUUUAUAGUUGUGUUUGUUAUUUAUACGAACGAUCUGUGUUUUUUGUUAUUUUUAAUGUUUCGAGAGACUCCACAUUGUUCAUUGGGGUGCAGCUGUAGUUUACUGUUCUUAAUGGCUCUUAAUCUUUUAGUGACAGACCAUUCCACCGUUACUCAAUAAACACUUGUAGUUUGCUUCAAACCUGUUCUGACAAUCAUGAUGCUACUUGUCACUGCAUGGAACCCUCUACUGGUUGUAUUGGAAAAGUCUUGUUGUAUUUCAGAAGUGAUGAUUUAACUAGAAAUAUUUUUUUGCAGAUCACUUCACCUGUCUUCUGAGUACACAAAGACAUGGAAAUCUUAGUGUCUUAAUAUGUUCAUGUGGAUUUAUUGUAACUAAAGUGUUCAUGUCUGAAGUACUGUACUUUUUAAUUAUAUUUGAUCAUUUACAUCAA